CACUGAACACCAUCGUGCCUUACUAUUACCAGCAAACUCAAGCCACCGGAAUCCUCAACAAAUGGCCAAAACAAAGAAACUAUCCAAAGCUCCAACCUCGGACACUGGCUCCACAAACAGCGCCGGAUCAUCCUCGGCGCCAACUACCACGCCCUCCUGGUUGACCGACUCCCUCCCCCUCCCGGCCCUCAUCGUUCUCGACCUAGACUACACGCUCUGGCCCUUCUACUCAGACAUCCACAUCUCGCCCCCCAUCCGCUCCCUCUCCCCCUUUGUACUAUCCGACCGAAACGGCGAGCACUUCUCCCUCUUCCCCGACGCCCCCGCCAUCCUCCGCCUCCUCUCCUCCCCACAAUGCAACAUCCGCCUGGCUGUCGCGUCUAAAUCCCCAGUCGGCGAUCUAUGUCGUGAAGUGCUCAAAUCACUACGAUUACCCGAGACGGAGAUACGAGGGCAGCCGAAAAAGGUGAUUGAUGUCUUUACAACAGGCGGGGGCGGAGGGCUGGAGAUUUAUGAGAGCUCAAAACUACGGCAUUUCGAGGUGAUUGCCAAACGGACGGGGGUGCGGUACGAGGAUAUGCUGUUUUUUGAUGACGAGAGGCCUAAUUUCGAGGUGGAGAGCGUAGGAGUGACGAUGAAGCUUGUUGGCAGGCAAGGGCUGUGCUGGGAGGAGCUGGAAAAGGGGAUACAGCUUUGGAGGGAGAGAAAGGGUAUUGUUCCAGCUACUGCUGGCGGUAGCGGUUCAUAUGCUGGAGGGAGAUGGUAACUAUGCAUUUGUCAUGGAUAAAGCGUGGCGUCGGGGUGUUUUGUUACUGAAAGAAGAAUACUACGGCUAUUUAUGCUGAUAUGAUAUACACACAGCGCACUGGACCCCCAAAAAAGA